CCGCGAAUCGGUGGGCGGCUCAAUGAAGCGGCCAAGGCCGCGUGAGGCGUCUCAGACGCAAGGCCGCAAGCUCCGAGGGUUCCGCGCUCGUUUCGCCUCUUGAACAAAAAGCGGCAAAGAAGGCGACAAUGUCGGUCAGAUUCAUCGCCGUGGUGGCGGCGAUCGUCGUCCUCACGAAAGCCGAUGCGAAGACAAUGAUCAACGUCACCAGUGGAGAUUCCGCAAAGAUGGUGUGCAGCUAUGUUGCAGCGGCAAACGUUACUUUCACGCAGAUGGAGUGGACAAAGACUAAAGACAAUACAGUGGCGAUACUCAACCCGAACAACAUGAUAUACAUCCCGGACAACUACUUGGGUCGUGUGACCAUGGGCGUUCUGCACGACGAGGCUUCUGAAAUUGUAAUCAACAACGUCACCCCAGCGGACGAGGGCGAUUACAAGUGUUCGGUGACUACCUUCCCGCCCGCAGCCAGAGAAAUGCAUUUCACUCUCAAGGUCAAUGCUCCUCCACCGCCGCCGACGCCGCCGAAGCCGCCGACACCAAAUUGGAGCGCCAUCAUUUUGGGGGUUCUUUUUGUAUUCGCGGCAAUCGCCGCAGUAGUGUUUGCCUACCUUUGGAAAAAGAAUGAAAAAAAUGGGAGAAGGGCGGAAGACAAUAAUCAACCUCUUCGUGGCCACCAGACUGCAUAAACCACCCCACUGAAACCUGGGUCGUUGCUGCUUUUGGCUGAAUCUUCGUUUGUCGCAACCAGGCCAUGGACAAACACGCAUGUCGUGGUCUACGUGUGUGUAUGUCUUGUUUCCAACAAACUGCCCUACCGGUAAACCUGUGAGCCUCCAUGCCACUUGUGGUCUUUUAAUACUUUACAUUUUGCGAGACUGGGUUUCAGAAUCAGUCUUGCUUCAGCCGCUCCGCCAAGAGACUCCCCCGAGGUCUCGAAUCAUAAUUGUGAUCGUGUCCAACGCUCAAUCGGCUCUUAUCAUGAGAAAGCUAAUUUAUUUGUGUCAUCUUUACAUGUUAUAUACAGACAGUCCCCGGGUUAUGGAAGGGGGGUUAGGCCUCCGAGAACGAUUCGCAACACCAAGUUUUCUGCACUUCCGAAACUGAACAAUUUUCCCCCCAAAUCAAGAUAAAAUCAAGAUAAAAUCAAGAUAAAAUCAAGAUAAAAUCAAGAUAAAAUCAAGAUAAAAUCAAGAUAAAAUCAAGAUAAAAUCCCGUAGCCGGAAAUAGUUGUGAAUGACGAAGGACUUGCUUGCUAGAUGAGGAAGAAGGAGAGAUGGGAAUUGCAUCAUCGGGGUCAACAUCAGGUGGUCAUAAGCUCUCAAGGCAGGGCUGCAGAGGGAGCCUCAGCCCUGCCUUUUUACGCCUCCUCUCUCCGCGGUAUUCAUCCGCAACCUCACCGCGCCGCACUACUUUCGCUUACGCAACUAACGCAAAACAUUUCCGCAUGUUGACAUUUUUUUCACGUGUUUCAUGGCGAGCUUUUAGGUAAGGUCGGAUUUCCGUACGUCGGUUCUUCUGUAACCCGGGGACUGUGUUGUCAUGAGGAUACAAAAUUGCCUUUCGCUUGUGAUUAGAAUAUUCAAGUUGUUACUUCAUACGUUUUGAUUUAAAGCUUUCGUGACUGCAGGGAUUCAUAUUCUUGGUUCUUUCGGUAAAGUCACGUAGAAGGGAAAUAAUGAAAUAAUAUUGAUAUAAAACAAUUAAAAUUCACACGACGUUUCGACUGGAACACAAGCAAUCAUCAUCAGGUGUGAAAUCCACAGCAAGAAAAUUUGAAGAAGAAAAAAACUCCACUUUUUUCAAAUUUUCAUACGUUCUUCGUUGAUUACUUUACAAUAGCCUUAAAAACGUAACGCGCUUUAACAUAUUUCAUAGUUUUUUUGUUACUCUUGUGUCAAGGUUGCCCAUCGAGCCAUGUUGUGCCGCUACAGGGGAUCCGUGUUCGUUCAAAUCGGUGGGUGGUGUGUCUUUUUAUUAAAGUCUCGGUCUCGGGUUGCAGAUUCGAUUCGAUGAUGAUCAUAAUGCAGCCAGCUUCUUAGAACGCCUCCGCCGCAGUAAGUUGUGGUCACGUCGAUUUUUCUCCGGGUCUUUCGGUGUUUCCCUAACAUAUUUAGAAUCGGCAUCGUGCAUUUCGAAAUCUUUUGGCUACUAUGAAUGUCCAAACUAAAAAUGUGCGCAGACUGUGCUGUAGACCAUUGCUAAUGGCAACUGUGCAGGCAGGUGUGUCAAUUCUAGAUGUGAAACUUUCGUGGCUGCAAGGAUUCAUACUCUUAGGUUUUUUUGGUAAAGUCACGUAGGUAAAAAAUAACAUUAAAAUUAAUUAAAGUAAUAGUAGAAAUAAAAUAUCUUCUUGGUUCUUUCGGUAAAGUCACGUAGAAGGGAGAUAAUAAAAUAAUAAAAAUAAAACAUAAAAUAAUACAAUU